AUGAUAGUUGAACAAUGUACAAUGAUGAAAGGAGAAUUAAAUAAAAUGAGAAUCGAAAUGGAUCAUGAAACUCAGAAACAAAAUCAAAAUUUAAUGUCUGAAGUUUCUACUUUGAAAAAGGCUGUUGUAAAACUAGAAAAAUCAAAGGAGAGACUCGAGUACGAUUAUGAAAAGAAACUGUCGCAUAUCAUCAAGAACAAAGAUAUGGAAAUAAAAGCCUUGCAUUUACAACUGCAAAAACAAAAAAAUGAAUUGUACACAUCUCUGAGUAUAAAGAAGCAAAAUGAAGUGGAUAAUAUAGUUUCUAUAUUAGAGGAGCGAUAUAAAACGCUUUUGGCAGAAACAGAAGCAAUGUCAGAAUCUAAAAUUCAGGAGUAUCUUAUGGUACUGAGCGCCGUAAAUUUUAUUUAAAAGUAAUCUAAAAAUAUACGCAAUAAGAUAAUAAUAAUGGUUAUUACAAAUUUUAGAGAAUAGCUAUUCUUGAAGAUCAAGUACUUAAUAUGAAGAAAUUUGAGUCGACCUUAUAGCGUAGUGAUUUCGUAAUAGUUUAUAGUAGAAUAUAAUUAUAUAAUUGUAAAUUAUAUAUAUGUUUGUUCUUAAUAAAGGGUACAAGAAACGA